AUGAUGAGAGAUGCCAGUAGACAAUCCCUUGUUGAAAAGGAAGAAUCUAAUGUGCUUGAAACUUUUGCAAAUAUUCAUAAUCACAUUAAUACUCUCGAACAAAAAUUAACUUUUGAAAGUGUGGAAGAAAGAGAUUUAUACUUUGAAACACUUUUUAGUCUCUUGGAAAAUGUUGCUAAAGGAAUUGAAAAGUUGACAUGGUUGCAAGGAACAAAGACUUUCAGCUCUGAUGAAGAGGUUGAAUUUGUUUCUCCUUUUGAUGAUCCAUUUUCAGGAGCUGAUGAAUAUGCACCAAAAGAAGAAAAGAGAAGUAAAUUGGACAAAUUGAUUGAGAGAGUAUUGGAUGUUUUGCAUAAAUAUGGAACUAAACCUGAAUCUAUUGAAAAUCAAAGUAAUUAUGCAAUGACUUUACCAACUAUUGGCUUAGAAAUUUAUUCAAUGAUGAAAAGAUAUGCUAUGGAAUUUGAAAGAUGUUCUGCCAACGAAAUUACACCAUUUUUAGAAAACGAUUGUUUCUUUGCUUUUAAUCAAAAUGUUAUGAACUACUUGUUACGUUACUUUGCAGAUACUAAGGAUAAAACAAAUACCCUUAUCAUUCUGAAAGAUAUGCAACAAAUGCAACUUGGAGCCAAUGUAGUUACCUAUAAUAUUCUUAUUAGAUAUGCACUUCUUGGAGAAGAUAAGGGUCAAGCAGUCAAACUUGCCAAAUAUAUGAAACAACAAGGACUUGAAAUUGAUCAACAAACCAAAGAUUUGCUCCGACAACACAGAUUAAUGUAA